AUGAUACACGUAGAUCGGAAUCAGCAUACAGCGGUACUUUCGUCGCAUUCCAAGCAAAAUCUUGUACUCCCUGUCGAGAAACAGCUCCGGGAUUGGGCCGAGUCAGUUCCGCAAAAGCCAGCCAGAAUUUUGUCCCCUUCCCAGCCGGAAACAACCCUUCCGGGGCCUACCACGCCCAAGGACAACCAGCCAAUAGCCGCUAAUCCAGAAGCUCCUUCUCCAUCCGCCAGUCCUGCCGACGGAAAUUCGGCUUCUCCCAACAGAGAACAUAGCAGCUCUUCGCUGUCUCCUAUACCUGACACAGCUCACAGCUCCCCUCCUCCUCCAACCACGAAUUCCUCCAAUAACGAAGCUGCUCUCGCAGAGCCGCUGCUAGACGACAAGGAGUCUCGUCAGUCUACGCCUCUGAGCGAGCUUUCACCCCCGCCCGAUGACGACGACCCUCCGCCGGACGAGAACAAGGAUCCGGAAAAUUUCGCUGACGAUGCGAUAACAAAGAAAGAGUAUUCAGAUGUGGAGGUCAAGUUUUUAGAGAAGUCCUCCUUAUCAACAAAUCCGUAUCCCUCUCGCUCAUCAGAUUAUGCUCCCUCACCUUCUACCUCUCCCAACCAUACCUUGUCCCAUCCCAACGGCAAAGACCCGAAAGUUGCUACCAUCCUCGAGCUGAAUUCCGAACUGUUCAAGAUUUUACUAGAACUCCAGGCACGUGGAGUGAGCCCUUCGGACACACGAUUUCAGCACUUUUCAACCCGAUUGCAAAGCAACCUCAACUACCUCGCGACCGCAGCUGACCGACCGAGCAAUCAAUCCUCGAUAACUUACCCCAUGAUGGAAGCACCACCACUCAUCGACAUUAUUGCUAUGGAUCGAAUACAACAGCUGUACGCCGACCUUCCUUCCGUUUUCACAAAAAUCAUGCCUCGACGUCCCUCACUGGGGGCAGGUAUACCCAACAACAAUCACAUGGGCAUGAACUUUAAUCACUUGAAACGCGAACGAACAGACGAAGGUUCGCUUGACAUGACGGCACAUAAGCGGCGAGACACAGGCGAGGGUAAAGUCAAUAACAAUGGUAUGAUGAUGCCCCCGCCUUCGUUGCCAUUGCAAGAUCAACUGUCAAAUGGAAUCUCUUCUUCCCCAUCCCUUUCGACUGGAAACGGCUCGUUGCCUAUAUCAAUAGCCCCACAGACUUCCGUCAGUGCAAUGUCAGGCAUGAUUCCACCUACUCUUGGUCAGGGUAUGAGUGGUACCGGCUCUCUACCCGAUGCAGGCAUGUCGGAGGCGCAGCUGAAUCAAGCAGUACGAGAACAAAGGAUGGCAAACAUGCGAGCUCAACAGCAGCGCCCAGGCGGACUGCCUGGAAUGCCUUCUACUCCUCAGCCCCAACAAGGUGGUCGACAUAUGUCGCCACCCUCCGCCUCCAUUGCUGCAUCAUCUAAUCUGCAAAUAUCUCCAACAUCGUCAAAUCACAGCGGACCAUCCACUGUGGUGCCUGGCGGAGGGGGAGGGGGAGGGGGAGGCUUAUCAUCCGUACAGCAAAUGCAGCAGCAAGCUUAUAUGCUUCUGCAAAUUCAACCACCUCACCCGGUAUUACAGUAUAUGCAUCGUAUGAUACCCAAUUUCAGCUCCCUUUCGUAUCAUGAUCAAGCAAGACGUAUUUUUCAGGUUCUACAAUCGCGGCAGCAGCAGCAGCAGCAACAACAACUCCACCAACAACUUCAGCAGCAGCAGCAGCAACAGCAACAGCAAUCACCGCCGCAGUCACUUCAACCGCAAAUGAACGGUAUACCUAACGGUGUCUUCCCUAUUCACACCAGUCCUAUAUCCCCUGUGGCCCAACAAGCUCAGAUGAAUCCAAUGAUUUUGGCCGGUGGACAGGGAGGUAUGAACCCUGGGCCUAGCGCUGGAAAUAGCGCCGGAAUGAGUGGGGGUGGAAACAACAUAAACAAUAUGGGAAUGAACUCGAUGACGCCUAAUCAAAGACAGCAGCUUAUGUUGAUGCAGCAGCAGCGCGGUGGUGGCAGUAUGGGAUCGGGAGGCAUGAACCCUAUGAAUAACAUGAACAACAUGAACGGAAUGUCUUCUCAACAGUAUGCUAUGCUACAACAGCAGCGCCAGCAACAACAGGCUCAGCAGGGAAUGUCCCAAGGUGCUAUCUCCCCCACGCAAUCGCAUCACGGUGGUGGGAAUGGUUCGCCUAUGAUACCUGGAAGCGAUCUAAACAACUUCCCUGCGCUGCGGUCGAAUGCCGCUAUUCCAGGCAUUGCGAGGAGCGCGCGAUCGCCGCCGGAUGGCGGUAUAGGUGGUGGAGGUGGUGGUAUAGGUAUAGGUGGUAUAUCUGGUUCUGGACCUGGAAAUCAAUCACCGAUGACUCCUCGGAUGCCGGCGAGAGGACCUUCGAUGGGACAAGACGAGUUCGCGCGCAUGAUGGGUGGCAGCGUGGGACCAUCACCCAGAGGUGGUAUGAUGUCAGGUUCAGGGCCUGGUAACUUCACCCCACAACAAAUGCAAAACUGGCAACAGCAGCAGAUGGCUGGUGGCAUGCGCCCUCCAAGUGCACAUGGCGGCGGGUACGGUGGAGGUGGAGGUGGAAGUAUGGGAGCGCCGUCGCCCGGCAGUGCAGGAGGUGGAUUUGGGUCUGGCAGUAGUGGCGGUAUGGGUUCCCCUUCUUAUCCGUUCCCCACUCCUUCACCAGGAUCAGGCCAUCCGGGCGACCUUUCAUCUUCCAAUCUAGGUCUAGGUAUGCCCCGGCAUAUGUCCGCCACGCCAGGACCUGGGCAGCAGAUGCGAAAUCCGAACAUGAACAUGAACGGGAUGAACAACAUGAGCAAUAUGAACAAUAUGAACAACAUGGGCAUGGGCAUGGGUAUGAACAUGAAUAGUCCAAUGAGUGCGGACCCGUUUUCUUUCAUGUCGAAUGACAUUGACUCGUUCAGUUGGACUCAAUGA